UUUUGAUAGAAAAACCAAAGGAAGCUACAACCUUGUUACUUGAGGAAAAGAAAUAGUAUAAGGAACGAGCCUAACAUGGUGGUCCAAUCAGCAGAAGAGCUUGAAGUGUGUGAAGAAGUAGGCAGAGGAGGAUUCGGGGUUGUUUAUAGAGGAUUGAUUAAGGCCAAUAAUGAAGAAGUAGCUAUUAAACAAAUUGAUUUAGAAAAUGAUCAAACAGAUUUGUUUGAAGUGAAUAAAGAGAUUCUGAUAAUAUCCGAAUGCCGAUUACCACAAAUAACUAAGUAUUUGGGGUGUUUUGUAAGGCAUUUCAAGUUAUGGGUUAUUAUGGAGUACGUCAAUGGGGGGUCGUUAUUCGAGUUAUUAAAGCCCGGGUCGAUUAGUGACGAGAAUGUGAUUCUGUUGAUAGUGAAAGAGAUUCUCAUAGCUCUUGAGUAUUUGCAUAAUCAGGGGAAGAUACAUCGAGAUUUGAAAUCUCAGAAUAUUUUACUUAAUAACCGAGGUGAAGUAAAAUUAACUGAUUUCGGGGUAUCCACCCAAUUAUCAUCAAAUUUCUCUAGAAGAAAUACAACGGUGGGGACGCCGUACUGGAUGGCGCCUGAAGUCAUUUUGAAUAAUAAGGGAGGACAUAGUUAUAAAGCAGAUAUCUGGUCGUUGGGAUGUUGUGCGUAUGAGUUAUUUAAUGGUAAACCACCUUUACAAAAUCAGUUUGCACCCAUGAAAGCAUUGAGACAAAUAUCUCGAUGCUUACAUGACGAUGAUUUCACCACAUUGAUUGGACUUGAUGAACUAGACAUAUCGGAAGAGUUCAAAGAUUUUUUGCAUAAGUGUUUUUUGGUUGAUCCAAAGGAAAGAUAUUCGUCUACAAAAUUAUUAAAGCAUAAGUUCAUUACUAAAUAUAAUACCAAGCCGAAUGACCCACUCGUUAGGAAGCCCUUGAAGCAGUUGAUAACAAGAAAGCAGUUAUGGGAUCAGGAAAAUCAUGUAUUGAAAACCCAAAAGUUCUAUAUGGCAACUGAAAUGAUUGCUAAUCAAAAGAAAUGGAAAAAUGAUGGCAACUCUGACCGUGAUAAGACAAUUCAAUUUGAUAUAAGCUCAAUAAAUCUCGAAUCAAUCCAGAGUCCUAAUGAGGGAUCAAGUGCAAGUACUGCCAGUGGAGGAACUGAAAAUCCCGGAAUAAAAGCGUUUACAAGUCCAAUUUCAACCUCAAAGUCAACCAGAGAGUCAUCUCUAUCCCCUAACAAUAAGCCUCAUGAGCCUAGUAACUUCAAUGGGUUACCGGGAUAUAAAUCCAAUAUCAAACAAGACGUAUUUCAGAGAAAUAUUCGACAGGAACUCAACAAAAUUCUUAAUAAAGUAUUUCAUAGAUUGGAAUUGAAAAGCAGUCUUUCUACUGAACAAUAUGACUCUCUUGUUUCUCUCAACGAUAGAAUAUUGAACCUAGCUACAUUUGUUCAAACAAGUGAUGCCAAUUAUAAUAAUACUAAAAUACUUAUUUGCCAGUACUUCAAGUAUUUCUUGAAAGAAUUGACCAAAUCCAAUUCCCCUCAAAAUACUGAAAAUCACCAUGAUACCGAACAGGUUAAGGCCUCAUUACAAAAAAUGAUUAUACCUUCCACGUUUAGCAUUACUGAUAACGCUUCAGGUUUAUACGUGCAACCUGCAAAUAGACAAAGAUCAGCACUGUCCCGGUCAUUCACACAAUUUGAUGAGGUCGAAAACAGUUUGUUUGCUUCUUGGAUCGAUAAAAUGGCUGUUAAUUCUUAGAUUACUUUCUGGUUUAAUACAA